AGAGGUUAGAUUACUACCAGAGACGGGAUGCAUCACGCCAAGACCCGAAGGAUUCAUUGUGCAUAAUUUUUGAUGCUAUGGAUCAAUGCAAAACAUCUUUUCCAAUUUUGCGCAGGAGAGUAUCAAAGGAAAUUCAAAGCAGAUCAGUGCCUCCAAUCAAAACCUAUUUAACAGGUGCAUUAGUUCAUAGGCAAGGUGUAAACGCAUAUAAAAAAAUUGGAUAUAGCUUCUUUGAUUUCACUCAGUAUACCCACGAUGUCAAUCUGAAUAUAAGUGUUCUGCUUGAAAUAUUGAAAGACUUUAAGCAGUCCCAUGGUAAAGUGUUGCAUUUACAGAUGGACAGUGCAUCAAACAAUAAAAAUUGCCAUAUGAUCGCAUUUGGAGGUGUAUUAGUGCAUAGAAAGAUAUUCAAAGAGGUUUAUUUACACAUGUUACCAGUUGGUCACACGCAUGAGGAUGUUGACGCCAUGUUUCACAGCAUUGCCGAAGUUUUAAAAGUUGAUGUUAUUACCUUCAAAGAUCUUAUUCAGCAGAUUAAGAAGGUAGGGUUCAUAAAAACCGCUACAAGCAUACAGACCGUAUGGGAUGUGAAAUCUUGGCUGGAGCCAACAAUGGCAGGUUGUCAUAAUUUUAAUGACUGCUUUCACAUCCAAAUUCAUUAUAAUGAAGACGGGAAGAUAGUCUGGAACUAUAAAAAAUGGGCCAAAAGUCAGAAAUGGUUGCCUGACAGUAAUGACAGAACAUCCUAUUUGAAUGACCAAGAUAAGAAUGGCAUUGUCAUAUUCAAGAAUUUGCCACCAGAGGAUACUCCGUCUAUAAAAGAACCAUGUUGGUCGGAAGACUUGAAGAAACAGUUGCAAAACGUAAAAAGUAAACUGCUUGCAAGUGGUCUCUUGUUUGAAGAGGAGCAGGACUGGUGGGAAAAUGUUACCACUGAAAACCUCCAAGAGCCAGUUUUGGAGGUACCAGAAUGCCCAUUAAAGUUUUUGCUACCAUAUGAGGGUAUUGAAGAGGAAUUAGUGAUUCCAGAAGAACUGACAAAUAUAAAACAACGUCAGAAAAGAGUAAACGUUGUUUAUUCUGGAAAGUACGUUCCGCCCAGUAAAAGACUGAUGUUGGAACAGUCUGAGCCGGUUAAUUCUCAUGAUGCGCAAAUACAAAAUGUCAACGAAAUAGAAGGCCGAUUUCCAGUGGUGACCAAGAGUGGAAGAAGAGCAACAAAAUUUGUAGCAUUGCAUGACUAAAGACACAUGACACAUACUGUACAAAUAUUUUUAUUUUGUUUGUUUUUACUAUAACAAACCCAAACUCCUUAUUUAUUGGGUUGUUACAGUUAAGGAUCCGAAUAACAUUGAGAAUGGAAAGGGGACUGUGUCAGAGAGACAACAACCCUACCAUAAAGCAGACAAUAACAAACUACCACUAAUGAGUUUUCAAUGCAUCCAGAUACUCCAGCACCAAGAACGUGCUCCUGCUUUUCCCUAAACAAAAAUGUACACUAGUACACAGUAAUAAAAGACGUCCUAAUAAACUCCGAA